AUGAUGGUGGAAGGUUCAGCAUUUACGCGGAACGAUGUGUUCCAAAUGGCAAUUCGUGUUGCUUUUGUGUCUGCAGUUACUUAUUUCUCUAUAAAAUGGCUCGUCAAUCAGAUAGAUCCGACAUCUAAGAGUCGAAAGAAAGCUGAAGAAAGAGCGCGGGAACAGUUACGCAAAAUAUCUUGCAGAGCCGGAUUGGUUGGUAAACAAGCCUUAGCUCUGGACAAGCUCACCGAUCAUGAAAUGAUUAUCGCCUCACAGCUUGUGGUUCCUGAAGAGAUUAAUGUGAAUUGGAAGGAUAUAGCUGGUCUAGAUCACCUUAUCAAUGAACUCCGCGAGACUGUUAUCCUGCCGAUACAGAAACGGGAAUUAUUUGCAGACAGCCGUCUCACACAGCCACCUAAAGGAGUACUACUGCAUGGGCCGCCUGGUUGCGGUAAAACUCUGAUAGCCAAAGCUACAGCCAAGGAAGCCAACAUGAGCUUCAUAAACUUAGAUGUGUCUCUGUUGACUGAUAAGUGGUACGGAGAAACACAGAAAUUGGCUGCCGCUGUGUUCAGUCUAGCUGUUAAACUACAACCUUGUAUAGUAUUCAUUGAUGAGAUCGAGUCUUUCCUUCGUACUCGCACGGCUCAUGACCACGAGGCUACUGCUAUGAUGAAGACCCAGUUCAUGUCGCUGUGGGACGGACUGAUCACUGACAACACGUGUAACGUUAUUAUUAUGGGAGCCACCAAUCGUCCCCAGGAUUUAGACAAGGCUAUCCAGCGUCGUAUGCCGGCCACCUUCCACGUGCCCAUGCCGAGCGUGCAGCAGAGGGAACGGAUACUACAACUGAUACUCAAGUCAGAACCCACGGCUGACGAUAUCGACUACGCUCGUCUCGCUUCAAGUACCGACGGGUUCUCAGGGUCUGAUCUUCACGAGCUGUGUCGACAGGCAGCUGUUUACAGAGUUAGAGAUCUGGCGAGGGAGGAGUUACAGAGAGAACAGUCAAAAACCAACACUACAAAUUCUGAUUCCGAUGAAGAGUAUUGUGAUGCUGUUCGACCCAUCACUAUGGAAGAUUUAAGGAUGUCGCUGAGCAAGCUCAAAGAAUCCAAGAUACAGUGUGGGUCACUGGCUCCUGGGAUGAGAAUUGAACUCGAUUAA